AUGACAGAGGAAAAUGAAAAGAAGGCUAUUAUUAAUAGUUUGCUAAUUCAAAUUAACGUGAAAGUCUGUGCUUUUUGGAUAGUGUAUUUUGUUUUGGUCUACACAUUGUACUUUUCAGCUGAUUAUUUAUAUAUAUUUAAAAAUUCACUAUUUGGGGCUUUCGAGAUUAAUUACUUGUUUUAUAAUUUUAGAUCAAAUUUCCUGAAUUUAAAACACGAAAACCGCAUAAAUAAUGUUUCUAUUGAUAUUACAGGCUUAGUUGAGAGUGAUCUUAAAAUCCUUAAAGAGAAUAUAUUUUCAAAAAGUGGUUAUUAUUCUAGGGAAAUACUGUAUAACAGUCAAAACUCAAAAUUUGGAAAUGAAAGCAACAAAAUUGUUCUUAAGGCUAAUUUAAUUAGUACAAACUCGAUCAAUUUUUCAAAUGUUCAAAAUCCUAUAGAAAAUCACUUUGAAUCAUAUUUAGAAUCUCUGAAUAUAUUUAAGCAUCAAGAUAAUCAAUUUUCAUACUCGAUAUUUGUUUCUUUCAAAAAUUGUGGUAGAAGCAACUCUGAAAAUACUAUUAACUUGUAUAAUAGUAAGAUUUCACUGUUUUGUUUAAAUAGUAAAAUAACUAAAAGUGAUUUUUUUAUUAUUUUGAACGACCUUUUUGAUAUAUGGUUUUUAAAAUUUACUGAAAAUGAACCUGAGAUUACCAAGUAUAGUUCUCUUCAGAUUUUUAUGUACAACUUGUUUGAUUUGGAAAUGAAUUAUACCAAUUUACCUAAUUAUGAAAGAAAUCGAUCAUACUUGGUAUUUGAGAACUUUCUUUCUCAAAUAAAUCAGCUAUUACAUAUUAAUAUUAACAAACAAAACAAAUACAUUUCCAAAGGUAGUAUAGAUUUCCAAGAUAAUAAAAAGACCUAUAAUAGGUUAAUACAAAACUUUAAUAACAAUUAUAAAUAUUAUGACGAAAACACCUUAAUAUUGCCGAUUUUUAAUUACUUUUCAAUUUUCAAUAAUACUAAUAAUUACAGCUUUACUAGCAAAAGCAAGGAUUUUCUAUUUACUCACUCCAAUAUUGGUAAUGAUACUAAUUCACUAACAUACUCAGUAAUUUCUUGGAUUACUGUAAUCAGAUCACUCAUGCUUCCAAAAAAUUACAAACUAAACUUCAAAAGCAGACUUAACAACAUAACUUUUAAAAACCACAUUAAAAAAGAAAAUCAAAACAUUUUUUUAUCUGAGUGGCAGAUUUCAGCAAUUCAACUUAUUCAGUCCAAUUACAUAUUAAAUAAAAUUAUUCAUAAUAUUGAUAUAUUUUUCUCAACACUGAGUUUUUACAACAAAUUCAAACUCCCAAACCAUAUAAUUUACGCUGUUAAACACAUGAAUGAAAUUAUAUCUAAUAUUCAUAUGAUCAGCCAUGACUACUUCCCCACAAUUCUUCAAAACUCAAAUGAUUUACUUUUUAAUUCCGAGUUCCACAAUAAAAAGACUUUUAACUUGGAUCUCGUUGCAGCAGUUUACUCUCCUGUAACUCUUCCAAUUUUGUUUGUUAUAAUUAUUUCUAUUUUCAGAAUUAUCAAACAUUCAAAAAUAAAAUUUGAGUAA